AUGCCGUGGGUCAUGAUGACGCCUGUGUGGUACGCCACUUCGUACCACGCAGGCGGCGACGAGGGCGGUGAGAGCGGCGGUGGGGACUGGGGCGGGGGCGGCGUCGGCGGCUUCGGUGGAGGGGGGGGCGGCGUGCUCGGAGGCAGCGGCGGCGGGCUCGGAGGCGGCGGGGACGGUGGCAGCGGCGGCAGCGGCGGCGGCGGGAAUGGUGGUGGGAUGACGGGAGGUGAGGGCGGCGGCGGCAGGCUGGGAGGCGCUGGCGGGGAGGGUGGCGGACUCGGAGACGGCGGCGGGGACGGGCUUGGAGGCGGCGGCGGGGGCGGGGACGGCAGCGGGGACGGCGGCGGCAUCGGCGGCAUCGGCGGAAAGGGCGGGGUGGGCGGCGGGGGAAGCGGGGACGGAUCCGGGCUUGGCGGUGGCGGCGGCGCCUCGCCGGGCGGAAAUGGCGGCGGUGGUGGCAGCGGUGGAGGGGGGUGCCUUGGAGGCGACGGCGGCGGCGGGGACGGGCUUGGCGGGCUUGGCGGAGGCGGCGGCGAGGGCAGCGGCGGCGACGGCGGCGACGGCGGCAUCGGAGGGGUCGGCGGCGGAGGCGGCGGGAAGCACCCGUAA